AUGUCAUCCCGGCCUCACACACCACACUACUCGAGCUCGUCGUCGACGUCGUCGGCCAGCUCGUACUCGUCUUCCGACUCCGACCUCUCGAUCCGAUCCAGCAUGGACUCCCGCCCUGCCGUGGCCUCGGUCGCGGUGCUCCGCUGUCUGCGGUGUCCCCGUCACGUCGAGACGACCUCGACGGACGAUCUUGCGUCGACGGGCAUGGUCCAAGUCGGGUUCAACCUUUACUACUGCCGGAAGUGCGCAAAGGACGUUGGGUACAUAUGA